AAGAAAAAUGGAAUGGACCCAAGGUGAGUGUAGAUGGGGGACCCGGCUCGACCCAAAAGAUGCCCUAAACCCUCACAGUCACAGUUUGAGUUGGUUUUACGAGGAUUCUUUUGGCGAACUUUGCAGACCAAAGCGAAGACCGAAAACAAAACAUCAUCUCCAACCUCCCCACUCAACACAAACCCCAAAGCCUCACUGUUUCAGCUGUUCAAAUUAUUCCCCAAAGUAAACCCAAUGGCUGAUAACGCAGUUUCAGAAGAAGCCUCCAUGGAUGGCCACCGACUCAAGCUUGCCUCCAUUCCCGCCACCGACUCCACUGUCUGGGCCGAUGCUUCGCCUCUCCUUCAAGCCGCCUGUGCAGGUCUUAGAGAUGGAGAGCUCAUUCGUGGGGACAAUUUCAAUCUUUUUGCUGCCAUGUCUGCUUUAGAGAUAAUGGAUCCAAAGAUGGAUUCAGGUAUUGUCCGUACAUACUAUUCUAUUGAUGAGGCCAUUGAACAUGGUGCUGCUCCUAUUCCUAUUAGCCUUGACAGCACUAUUGAUGUCCAAUGCACUAUUGAUAUCAUGGACCAUCUUCUAGCUUGUGAGGCAGCAUGGCAUAAGGGUCAUUCCUUGGCACAAACUGUCUCUUGCGUCUAUCUUCUGAGGCUUGAUAGGACUGCUCCACAUGCCUUACUUCAUUCUUAUUGCAGACUUAUACGCGCAACCUGCAAGGCAGUAGUGUCAGUGGUUUCAGUUGCCCGUACACAUGAAGAGGAGGAUCUUUUUACAAUGACAUAUGGUCUUCCUUUAAAUGGGGAUGGAGAUGAUAAGUGCUUGUCAAUAUUAAAUGCUGUUGAAGAGACAAUAUCUCGCCAGUUACGUGCAUGUAAAGCUGCAUCAUCAAAAAGAAGAUUACCAGAAGAUUUGGAGCCAUUACAGUCCAAUCCCAAUCUGGAAGAAGGAUUCUGCAAAGCUUUGUUGUGCCGUUUACGCUUUCGUAAGCAUUUUUUCCACAUCCUUGCCUGCAUGAAACGACCUCAGGGGAGAGGUCUGGAGUCAGCUAGAAAACAUAUAGCUUCCUGCAUGACAGAGCUGGAGUCCAUUCUAAAAUCAGCAGACUUUAUAAGGUCUUGUUUUGGCGAAUUUUGUGAAGGUGAUAUAGAUGACAAAACUACUGCUUCAGGUCGUGAACCAAUUGGAUUUGAUGCUAUGCUAAACAGUAGAUUAUCUGCCCCCACGCCACCACGUGCAAUUAGAAUUCUUAGUUGGAAAAAGGCGGUUGAGUAUUUUGUAAAACUUCUACAUGAUCUCGAUGUUAUUUGCUCUUACUCAUUGGAUCCUCAUUUAGAAAGUCUUCUGCACUUUGUGGUUCAGUUCCAGAAAUCUCAACCUGAUUUGGUGGCACGAUCUCAUCUGCAGCUUCUGUUGGUUCAAGAUGGGAAACUCUAUGGACGCGAUCCUUUCUUUGCAGUGAUAACUAAAGUUGCAGCAUUGCCUGAAGCCACUAAAAACCAUGAUAUUCAGAAGAAUGAAUCUAUUCUGCAACUAGGAAUGUUGGUAAUGAAUUUGCUCAAAAUACUUUGUACAAAUGCUGCCUGGCAGAGGCGUAAGCUUGGGAAAUUUUUGCAAGAUUGGCGUGUUAUCUAUGUACAGCUUGAGCUUGCUUUCAGAAACAAGUUUGGAGAAGUCUCAAGCAGCAGUUCAAAUGAUGAGAAUAUAUGCAUGAAAAUAUUCCAACAUAUCCUUCUUUGGGUGGAAGAGCAAACGUAUUGGAUAACUUUUCGAUUUCUCAUAUUGGGUUUUGAAUUGGACCUUUAUUCUACGAGUGAAUACUGCAUGGUAUAUUGGUACUUGUAUGCUGUCUUAAUAAAACUUGCAGAGAAAACUCAUCUUAAGAUGGCUGGCAGCUAUGACACAGCUAAACGGAAGGGGAAGAAGAAAAAAGAUUCUCCUAAAGAUUUGGCUAGGGAAUCACGGAUCCCGUCGGCAGUCAUGUUCCUUCAAUGCUAUAUAUGUCUUGCUGAAGGACUUACAAUGAUGCUUGCUGCUUUGAGGAAUGAAAUCUCCCUCUUCCAGAGUCCAGGACCUUUUAAUACCGAGCAGGAGAAAUUUGCUCAGCAUUUUGAGCUUUUUCAAAGAGCCUGCAUUCCUGAUAAUGUUUCGUAUCUGUCAUACAAGGAAUCAACAACUCAUGCUCGUUUUUCUACACUAGCAAUGUAUAAUUACUUCAAGGAUGCUCAGAGGAUUGCGAAGGAGGUGAAGAGUAGUUUCUCGAAUGAUCCAGAGAGAUUAAUGGAACUCCGAAAACUAGAGCAGGUAGCAGAACACAACAGUGUUGCUCAAAAUCUGAUAUGCCGGUUAGGAGCACUUGACCCAUCACUGAAGGUGACUUUUGAGUUGAGCCAUCAUCCAUUCUUUGCAACUGUUGUUGUCAAGAGAUCUUGAAGGCUUGGUGAUCUCUGCCAAUUUUGAAAUACUUUAUACAUAGGCGUUUGAGUCCCCUGUGUGUAGCAAUUGUAAUAUUAGUAUGCUUUGAAUCGAUGCUUUUUUUUUAUUAUAUGAAUAAUUUAAUUGGAAAUUUAAAGCCAAAAAAAUAAACACAUUGUUUUUA